AUGUCAGACCACGCAGUAUCCACAGCAAAGACCGCCCUGGCUCAGUUGUCAUCGCUCGACGCUUCUGAUGCAAGCUCUCACCAUGAGAUCGUUCGACAAUGCCAAUCCAUUGUCGAUGCUCUCCAGAGCCCUCUACUGGUGGCUGGAAAUCUGAUUUCCAGCAUCACGAUGUAUCCCUCUCUGGUGGCCCUUGAGAAUUUAGGAGUAUUUCAGAAACUCGCUCAGGGUCCCUUGACUGCAGCGCAAAUUGCGCAACAGACCGGCGCAGACCAUGACCUCGUUGUCCGUCUCAUGCGAGUCGCAGUAGCAUGGGGCUACAUCGCCGAAACAGGUCCAGAAAGCUACAUCGGAACGCCUGCUUCGAACGUCCUCGCGCACCCCUCCUUUGCAGCCGGUCUCCGCUACUGCCACCUUCUCUGCACAAGCACUCACAACCUCCCUAAGUUCCUCAAGGAAACCAACUACGCCAACCCAUCCGGUCACAACGACGGGCUCUUUCAGUACAGCUUCCAGACAAAACUUGGAAACUUCGAAUGGAACACCGCGCACCCUGAGCACGAGCGUGACUUUGACAUGUUCAUGACGAUCCCGCGGACCAGUGGCGCGCCGUGGCCUACCCAUUUCAACGCAGCAAAACUCAUCUUCGAAGACGGCGUGACCAUUGACAACACGGCUCCCUUAUACGUCGACAUCGGUGGCGGAUACGGUCAGGACCUGGCACACGUCAAGAAAGAUCUUGAGGCUUCCCCUUACACACUGGGCAAGGGGCAGCUUGUCGUCGAAGACCGGCCUGCUGUUAUCGAUGAUGUUCCGGCCGAGAUGCGCGAUGAGAACUUUACAUACGUCAAGCAUGACUUCUUCAACGCGCAGCCUGUCAAAGGGGCGCGGGUGUACAGUUUCAAGACGGUGCUGCACAACUGGGCGGAUGACCAGGCGGUUGAGAUUUUGAAGAACACGGCGCAGAGCUUCACGCCGGGGUAUUCGAAGCUUUGGAUUUUGGAGCGUGUUGUGCCGGAGACCGGGGCUGAUAAGGUCACCGCGUGGCAGGAUAUGAUUAUGAUGGCGACCCUUGGAGCCCUUGAGCGGACGAGGGAGCAGUGGGCGCAGUUGCUGGCGAAGGCUGGCUUGAAGAUUGUCAGUCUGCAGACUAUGCCUGAUCACUUUGGACUGAUCGAGGCUAUGUUGGAGUAG